AUGAAAGAGUAUGUCCGUUCAAUAAUAUUAGAAGAAGUCAAGCAAUCACAAAUGUUUUGUAUAAUUAUAGACACUACUACUGAUUUGUCGAGUUUAGAACAAGUAGUAUUUGUGUUAAGGUAUGUCUAUAUGGGAAAAAUCAAAGAAAGAUUAAUUGCUUUGGAAACUGCCGAAGAUAGUUCGGGUAAAGGGAUUUUUGAUGUAUUUCAAAAAAUAAUGCAACAGUAUGACAUUAAUUGGAAAGAAUAUUUAUAUGCACAAUCGUAUGAUGGUGCUGCUUCAAUUCAGGGACAAUAUAAAGGAUUAAAAACAUUAAUUCAAAAGGAAAAUGAUAAAGCCAUAUGCGUGUGGUGUUUCGCCCACAGACUUAAUUUAGUAAUCGUAGACACUGUUGAUUCUAGUACCAACACAAAAAAAUUCUUUGGUGAUCUUCAAGCAUUAGUUAAUUUUAUGAGAGCUAGAAAAAGAACUGCGGAAUUUGUAAAAUCUCAAAAGCUUCUUCAGCCACUUAAGCGUGUUAGAUCAAUGAAAAAUUUUUCAGACACAAGGUGGACAUCACAUGGCCGUGUCAUUGAAGUUGUAUAUUCUAAAUUUGAUGCUUUACUAAAUUCACUUCAAAAACUAUCAAACUCUGAAGAUAGAGUCACUUCUGCUGGAGCUAACAACUUUUUAAAAAUAAUAACCUCAUUCAAUUUUAUUUUAUCCAUGAUUUUUGUGAAAAACAUAUUUAGUAUUACUACACCUCUUUCGAAUUAUCUCCAAUCAAAAUCCUUAGAAUUUAUAGAAGCUAUUAAUUUAAUGAAAACUUGCAUAAAACAAUUAACUCAUAAGAGGAAUGAUACUGAAUAUGAACAAUUACUAAGUGAAACAAAACAAUUUGCCGAAAAUAAUUGUCUUCCUUCUACAAGUUUUAAAGAAAAUAGAAGAAGAAAUAAAAAAAGGAUGCCCGGUGAAAACACUGGGGAUGAAGUAUUAUCUUCUCCAGAAAAUAAGUAUAAAUGUGAAACUUAUUUUCAAGUGUUGGAUCAAAUCAUAAAUUCUAUUCAUACAAGAUUUAAUGAAUCCCAUGAAAUAAUGAAAGAUUUAGCUUUGUUAUCUCCAGAAAGAAUAGCAUUAUAUAACAACCAAAAUCAAACACUACCAUAUGAUGCUUUUAAUAGAUUAGGUAUGUGGAUACAAAAUCUUAAUGUAGAACAAUUAAAAAACGAAUAUAAAACAUUUGCUAAAAGUUUCAAUGAGUUAAUUUCUAUUAUUAACUUACCAUCUCAACUUCAUACAGAAAUGAAAAAUAUAACAAAACAAAGAGAAGGUGAUCAAAACUCUGAUUGUGAAUUAAAUAAUAGUAGCAGUAGCAGUAGUAGUGGGAAAAGCAGUAAAAUAACUGAUAAAUUAGAAAAAAUACAAUUCCACACCAUGCUUCAUGUAUUAUCAACUCUGGAUUUAUCUGUUGCUUUUCCUAAUUUAUAUUUGGCAUUUAAAGCUUAUGGAACAAUUCCAGUAUCUUCAGCAUCAGCAGAGAGAACAUUUUCAAAAGCGAAACUUAUCAAAACUAGACUGAGGACUACGGUUACUGAAGGAAGGCUUGAGAGCUUAUUAAUGCUUAGUGUUGAAAAAGAUGUUCAAAUUGACUACGAAGAAAUAAUUAAUCGAUUUGGUCAAUAA